AUGGUCAAGUCAUACCUGAAGUACGAACAUGCCAAAUCCUUUGGUGUAGUUGCCUCAAGCACCUCGAACAUCCUCUGGACGGGAAAGGAUCGCAAUGGCACCGGCGCAGGGCAAGCAGUUGUCGCCGCGAACGAAGAAAUUCUCUGCUGGGAUCUGAAGAAGGGCGAGGUCGUGAACCGUUGGAAAGACGAGCGAGGCACUUCGCCAGCGACGGCAAUUGCUCAGAGCAAAGCAGACCCAGACGUCUUUGCGGUCGGGUACGAGGAUGGCAGCAUUCGCCUUUGGGAUGGCAAGAUCGCCACUGUUAUUGUCAACUUCAAUGGGCAUAAAACGGCAGUCACCAAGUUAGCGUUCGACAAGUCAGGUGUAAGGCUUGCCAGUGGAUCAAAGGACAGCGACAUCAUUAUCUGGGACUUGGUAGCAGAGGUUGGCCAAUUCAAGCUCCGCGGCCAUAAAGAUCAAGUGACGGGUCUUUAUUUCAUCGAGCCUGAGGCUCAAGCGCAGGAAGAUGACGGAGCACAACCGACACCUCUCGGCGAGCAGACCUCGGAGGGCUUCCUUUUGACGACAGGCAAGGAUUCAUUGCUCAAGAUCUGGGAUCUAUCAUCAAAGCACUGUAUAGAGACGCACAUCUCCCAAAGCAAUGGGGAGUGCUGGGCACUUGGACUGUCUCCGGAUUUGAGUGGUUGUAUCACUGCUGGAAAUGAUGGUGAGAUGAAGGUCUGGUCUUUGGAUGUCAAUGGCUUGGCCAACAGCGCGCGCCAGGUUGAAGUUUCGAAUGCCCGCUAUCUGCAGGAUCGGGGUACUCUGCACCGCCAAAGCAAAGACCGGGCUACAGAAAUCUCAUUCCACCCUCGACGGGACUACUUCGCCGUUCACGGCUCAGAAAAGGCGGUUGAAAUCUGGCGGAUACGUUCUGAAGCCGAGAUCAAAAAGAGUCUGGCAAGAAAGCGGAGACGGCGUAGGGAGAAGAAGAAGGAUGGCCAAGCGGAUGGAGGCGAGGCGGAAGCUGAUGGGGACGAGAAGGCCGAAGAUGUCUCGCAGGCCGAUGUUAGUGACGUCUUCGUGCUAUACGUUACUGUGCGCACAGGUGGCAAGGUGAGGUCGGCGGACUGGGCAUUGUCCGGCCCACAGAAGGAUGUCCAUCUCUUGGUUGCGACAACAAACAACCAGUUGGAAUACUACAGUGUGCCCUCGAAGGAGAAGAGCGACCGGAAAGAGAAGGGUGACAUUCCCGACUACAUCAGGACACUCUCUGUUGAGUUGCCUGGACACCGAUCAGAUAUCCGAGCACUCUCUUUGAGCUCGGACGAUAAGAUGCUUGCUUCCGCAUCAAACGGAACACUGAAAAUCUGGAACGUCAAGACUGAAAACUGCAUCAGGACAUUUGAGUGCGGAUAUGCACUGAGCUGUGCUUUCCUACCAGGUGACAAAGUGGUUGUAGUAGGAACCAAGAGUGGUGAGCUGCAGCUUUUCGACAUCGCUUCCGCAGCUGUGCUAGACACCGUGGAGGCUCACGAGGGCGCUGUUUGGUCUUUGAGCCUGCAUCCUGAUGGACGAUCUGUUGUAUCCGGCAGCGCUGACAAGACGGCCAAAUUUUGGAACUUCAAGAUUGUUCAAGAGGAGGUUCUCGGUACUAAGAGGACGACACCAAAGUUAAAGCUUGUUCAGUCCAGAGUACUCAAGGUGUCUGAUGACAUUCUUAGCCUGAAGUUCUCUCCCGACGCAAAGAUGCUUGCCGUCGCCCUUCUCGACAACACAGUCAAGGUGUUCUUUGUUGACUCCUUGAAGCUAUAUCUCAAUCUCUACGGACAUAAGCUCCCCGUCCUGAGCAUGGAUAUCUCGUACGAUAGCAAGCUCAUCGUCACAAGUUCCGCCGAUAAGAAUAUUAGAAUAUGGGGCCUGGAUUUCGGCGAUUGCCACAAAGCUCUGUUUGGUCACCAGGACAGUAUCCUCCAGGUGGCCUUUGUCCCGCACAACUCCGAUGGCAACGGCCACCACUUCUUCAGUAGCAGCAAGGAUCGCACAAUCAGAUACUGGGACGGUGACAAGUUCGAGCAGAUCCAAAGAUUGGAUGGCCACCAUGGCGAAGUAUGGUCCAUUGCCAUCAGUCAUAGCGGCAACUUCCUCGUGAGCGCUGCUCACGACAAGAGCAUCCGUGUCUGGGACGAAACAGAGGAGCAAAUCUUCCUCGAAGAAGAACGCGAGAAGGAAAUCGAGGAGUUGUACGAAAGCACGCUCACGGGCUCCCUGGAAAAGGACCCAGACGCUGCAGACGAGAAUGGCGAAGUUGGCGCUGCCAGCAAGCAGACUACGGAGACUCUUAUGGCCGGUGAACGGAUAGCUGAGGCUCUCGACAUGGGCAUGGCAGACCUCAACCUCUUGAAGGAAUACGAGGAAGCCAAGCUCGUGGACCCCAGCGCUCCUAGACCCCAGAGAAAUCCCGUCUUCCUUGCACUGGGGAACAUCUCAGCCGAAGUGCACCUCAUGAACGUCCUGCAGCGCAUCAAAGCCUCUGCUCUCCACGACGCGCUCCUUGUUCUUCCCUUCGCCUCCGUUCCGAUUCUCUUCACAUUUUUGAAUAUUUUCGCCCUGCGCUCCAUGAACAUCCCGCUCACAUGUCGCAUCUUGUUCUUUAUGCUCAAGACACAUCAUAAGCAGAUCGUAGCGAGCCGCACGAUGAAGGCGAUGCUGGACAGCAUCAGGUCGAACCUGAGGUCCACCUUGAGGAGGCAGAAGACCGAAAUGGGCGUCAACUUGGCAGCACUCAAGGUCGUGUCCAUGCAGAUCCGGGAGCAGAGUGUCAAGGACUAUGUAGAUGAAAACUGGGAAGAGGAGAAUGAGGAGAGGAGCGCGAAGAAGCGCACAUUUGUUCACGUAGCAUAA